GUGAACAUCACUGCAAAAAGACGUAAUUUAAAAUGAACACUUAUAUAUAAUAGUGACAGUAGAAUAUUUCUUGCUUGUGUCCCACAAAAAUUGUCCUGCAACAGCAAAGACUAUGCUUUAUUGCAACAGGUGGUCAACCUAGAUUGAGCAAAAUUAACAUGUAGAAACAAUGUGGCAUUAAAAGUACAAUACACCUUUAUAUUGCAUUGAAAGGAACAGUACAGCCUGUAGAAAACAAAAUAAUUAAUACAACUUUGAGAGCUAGGACUUUUGAUCAAGCUCAUAUUUUUUAAUUAUAAAGAAAAUUUUGUGGUAUUUUUGUUUUUGCUUUGGUAAAGGAAAUAAUAAUUAUGAAAUGCAUAAAAUAUAAGUUUAACUUUCAUGUAUUUUGAUUUGUGUAUGUAAGUUUUCACAGCAUAAGUAUUAACCAAAUACUGAUUAAUAUUAUUGUCCUUAAUCAGUCCAUAUGUAAUGUCCUUUUAGGAAAAAAUUUGAAAAAAAUGUAAUGGUGAAAACAGUUAUAAAUAUCCAGACAUAGUUGUUCAAUAUUAACACAAUGAUAUGAUAAAUGUACAAAAAAUAUAUAUAUAUGUGUGUGUGUGUAAUAAUGUUCUGUUGUCAUGUUGUCAUAGAGACAAGUCCUUAGAAUCCCCAGUGUGCGUUCUAUGGAAUGUGUGACGUCACCGACCAUAUAAAAAGGCUCGCUCUUGCAUAUUCUGUUCACUAGUGAUUCUCUGAGCGCAAGCUAAGAUUACCACUGGCUCUCCUGACUUUACAAGUCAAUUUCAAACGAUUUACCUCAAGUCUGUUCAAGCAACUUGUCAAGCAACACCUGACUGUUGUCGAAUAGACUUAUAGACAUUUACAUCAUGUCUAACUUAAGGGAUCUCGAGACCGGCCGCGGUGCAGAUGUUCGACGGAAGUUGAACACAUCUGCACCUGCAGCGGAUCGAAAAACCUUUGCCCUACCGGGGGCUGUACCGUACGAUGAGUGGAGCUUUGGAGCUGAUGGACAGAGUAACAUCAUGUCUUCAUCAGCUCAAGGGCUCGUGACCAGCAGUGGGGAGCGAGAUGCUCAGCGGAGGUUGUGCGUCUCUGCCCCCGCAGCUCGUCACAUGAGGUCUGUCCUUCCUAGGACAGUAAAUAAUGAUGAGUGGGUCCCUGCAGCUGGUAGACAGACUAACAUCAAGUCUACACCAGCUCAGGGGCAAGCAGUGACCCGCAGCGGUGUACGAGAUGCUCAGCCGAGGUUGAGCGCCUCUACACCCGCAGCUCGUCACAUGAGGUUUGUCCUUCCUGGGACAGUGGAUAAUGAGGAGUGGUUUCCUGCAGCUGUGUCUACACCAGCUCAGGGGCCAGCAGUGAUCGGCAGCGGUGUACUAGAUGCUCAACGGAGGUUGAGCGUCUCUACAACUGCAGCUGAUCAAGAGAGCAGUGCCCCUUCAGGGGCUUUAGAGGAGGAGGAGAGAAGCGGACCAGAACCAAAACCAAGUAGACGGAAGAGAAAGUCUAUCCGUGCUUUCUUGCGCAGAACAUUGCGAGCUAUUGCAAAAGCUUGCUGUAUCUGCGCAAAUGAGGAUGAAGUGGAGCCAUUUGAUCCUCAGGCAGGCCCAUCCGGCCUGCUUUCAAGUGCCCGUAAAAAACAAGCUGAUCUGCAGAAAGGUUCUGGUCUGAAUCAAACGGGUCAAGAACCACCCUAUUGCCGGUCUGGUUCAUCAUCCUUGGAAUUAUCAGCUUUCCAAGAAGCAGCUGAUCAUGGUCCAUUCGACCUUAGCCCAUGUGCUCCGGCAGAUCAGGCUGAUUUUAAGUCGGGUAUUUCUUACCUGCACCCAGUCCGUGAACAACACUGGCAGAAUAGUCCCAUCGGACUCGAGCCGGCGGGCUUGUUUUCCUUGGAGACAUGCCAGCUCCAAGAAGAGGAUGAUCUUAAAUGUGGUCCUUUCGACCAUGAGCGUCAUGCUCAACCGGAUCAUUCUGAUAGUCAGUCAGGUUCUUCUUACCUGCACCCAGCUCGUGAGAAACACAGGCAGUAUAGUCCCAUCGGACUCGAGCCGGCGAGCUUGUUUUCCUUGGAGACAUGCCAGCUCCAAGAAGAGGAUGAUCUUAAAUGUGGUCCUUUCGACCAUGAGCGUCAUGCUCAACCGGAUCAUUCUGAUAGUCAGUCAGGUUCUUCUUACCUGCACCCAGCUCGUGAGAAACACAGGCAGUAUAGUCCCAUCGGACUCGAGCCGGCGAGCUUGUUUUCCUUGGAGACAUGCCAGCUCCAAGAAGAGGAUGAUCUUAAAUGUGGUCCUUUCGACCAUGAGCGCCAUGCUCAACCGGAUCAUUCUGAUGGUCAGUCAGGUUCUUCUUACCUGCACCCAGCUCGUGAGAAACACAGGCAGUAUAGUCCCAUCGGACUCGAGCCGGCGAGCUUUGUGGAACCAGACUAUUGCCAGUCUGGUUCAUCAGCCUUGGACCUAACAGCUUUUCAAGAAGCAGCUGAUCUGUCAGGUUCAUCUAGCCUCAUAAGCAAUAAUGAGAUUUUGGUAAUACAUCCAUUUACACACCAAGAAGCAGCUGAUAGUCAAUGUGGUCCAUUCGACCAGGAUCAGAGUGCUAAAGAUCAAGAUGAUCCUCUGGAAGGUUCAUCCAGCAUGAAGUCAAGUGAUGGUGAAAGAGAAAUGUCAUUGCUAUACGAAGUGGGAAAUCAGAUAGGAAUCGGUUCCUUUGGGAAAGUGUUCGAGGGGAUUCGCAAAUCUGAUGGCAAGAAGGUCGCCAUCAAAUACAGUAAGAAGAUGCGUAUGCAGAAUGUCUAUGCUGACAUUCCUGGAUACUCCAAGCCUCUGUGUCUAGAAGUGGCUGCAAAUGUACUACUGAAAAUACCGGAGAAGAGCCCUCACAUUGUGGAAAUGUUGGAUUGGUAUGAAGAGGAAGAUAAAAACGUCCUUAUUAUGGAGUUCCCACAUCCCUGCACUAAUCUCGAAGACUUUCUCGAGAAGAAUGGAGAAUGUCUGCCUGAGACCCAAGCACGGGAUUUUAUGCGCCAAGCACUGCUCGCAUAUAAACACUGCUUGGACCACGGCGUCUAUCACUAUGACUUCAAGCUGGACAACUUCCUGGUGAACACCGAGACAAUGCAACUCAAAUUAAUCGAUUUUGGAAUCAGUAUGAUUGUCCCUCCUUGCGACCGUGGAGGCGCAGAAGACAGCAAUACAAAGCGAGAAUUUGCUACCUCGUACAUGGUCUAUAUGUUGGGUGUUUUAUUGUUCAAACUGUUGCAUGGAGGCUCGAUGGCAAGCAAAGAUGCCGUUUACACCGCUACGAUAUCCAAUGAGUGUCGAGACAUGUUGGAUCUGUGUCUGGAACGCAAGCCUGGCAUUAACGCAACAUUAGAAGAUCUCUUCGAUCACCCGUUUUUCAAGAAGGAAUGAAGAUCCAGCUGACUUUAAAGAGCAAAAAGAGAGGCAGAAGUCAUUCAUCAAAGUCUAAAAUGGGAUGUCAGCUUCAUGUCAGGAUACCACACACAGGAGAUGAGAAGAUUUCUGUGCAAUACUCGGUGAAGUUCACUUCCGGUCGUCGUUGACUCAUCGGAGAAAUGAGAAGCUUGCCACCAGCAAGUAGUCUCUAAUGCUCAAAGGACUCGGAGGAUAUAUCCCAUGUCAUGGAGUUGACUGACCAAUGGAAAGACAAACUAACCAUCUUCAUGCACGCCUCAAAAGGCGAAAAACAGUCAACGUGAUACCAUGCAAUCUGUCCGAGUCCAGAGGCGGAGCCAGACAGAGGGGUGUUUUUCUCCCAAGGGUUUUUCCCUCCUAGGACUUUUUUUAUUUCCUCGGCUAAAUGCCCGGGUUUUUUUUCUCCUAGGGGGUUUUUUAACCCGGGGAGGCAGCCUUCUUGGGCUUAAUUUAGCUUCCUCUUCUAGACGUUACAUUAGUAAUACGCUCGCUUAUAAUGUUGAGUCAUAGCAGCAACAAAAAUGUAACUGCUUAUACUAUCGUGUAUUAUGUUGUGCUAUCUGUCGCUUUCCUGUGCUUUUCACUGUUUCUAUUAAUGUAACGCUGCUUUGAAACAAUUAACUAUUGUGAAAAGCGCUAUAUAAAUAAAAUUGAAUUGAAUUGAAUCAUUUACUUACCUUUCAUUUAUUAUUAUUAUUAUUAUUAUACAUGAUGGCUAAACACUAUAAAACUAUGUUUAUACACUUUUUUUAGUUCUUGUUGUCAGUUAUUUUAUACAUUAAAAAAAGUAUUUUUUUUUAAUUCUUAUUACUGUAAAGCACUUUGGUAACUUUGAUGUUUGUUUAAAUUGUGCUGUAUAAAUAAAGUGGAUUGGAUAGUACUUAAAAAAAGAUACCUUUUAUUUAAAAUGCAUAUUUUUAUUAAAUAUAAUAAACAAGCAUAAAUAUGAAAAGCA